GAAGGCCACACCGGCAUGAACCGCCGGUGGCAGUGGCGAAGGCUGUGCGUGGGAGUGGAACUGAAACUCAGACGGUUUUCCUUGUAGCCAAAUUGUUCCUUACAACAUUCCUACAGUACCCUUGGCCCUUUUCUUGGGAUUUGCUGUUAGCUGAUAGUUUUAUUGUCAGUCAUCUACAAGAAAAGUGUAUGGAUGAUUACAGGGCUCGUGUGAUACCAGAUUUGUACACAUUCAACACCAUGUUGGAUGCAUGCAUUGCAGAAAAGAAGUGGGAUGAUUUUGAGAAUAUUUACAGAGGGAUGCUGCACCAUGGUUUUCACUUCAAUGCAAAAUGUCAUCUUCGGAUGAUAUUAAAUGCUUCUGGAGCUGUAAACGGAGUGUUACUGGAAACAACUUGGAAUCACUUGGCCAAGGCAGAUAGGACUCCACCACCUGCCCUCGUCAAAGAAAAGUUUUGCAUGAAGCUAGAGAACGAUGACUAUGUGGCUGCUCUUGCCUGUAUAACUAGUCAUUCCAUUCCUGAGUUGCAGGCAUUCUCUAAUUCGGCAUGGUUGAAUUUGCUUAAGGAAAAUGCUCACAGGUUUAGUAAGGAUGCUCCUUUUCGGUUGAUACAAGAGGUUAGCAUCCAUACUAACAGAACUGAAUUGUCAAACCUAGCAGUCCAGAAUCUCAUAUCAGCUUGUAAAGAAUUUUGUAGGAUUCAUAUGACAUUAGUUGAGAUUAAAGAAAUCAAAACUGUUUGUAGUGCUCAAACUGAAUUAGCUUUUAAAUCCUGAUUAACUAUUAUUUGUGUUCAUCUUUACCAUUAUAUAACAGAAACAAGCAUUCCUACUUCUUAGAGUACCUAGUGCUUGAGGGUGUGUUUCAUAUGUAUAUAUUGUCAUUUACUUAUUUUCAUAAAAAUAUAAUUUUGCAUUCUAAUAUAAUGUACCAGAGUACUAAAGUUUCAUAUGUA